CUGACAAACAGGCGUGUGACCGCGUUGUGCCAUCCGCAAGAUCUAAACAACAACAAAAAAACAAGUCUCACCCCCUGCCAGGAGCCCAAACAGGCGUGCUGGAGUCAGGGAUGCAGGUGGACGGCCGAUGGUCCGCGUCUUUCUGUGCACAGAGAGGACAAAAGGAUGACAUGUGAUCACCUCCGACGACUGUUCGCACUUUUCCUGAUGUUUUGCGGCGCGGGAACGGCUUUCCUCGUGCAAGGCUCGCGGGAUUUCGAAAAGAAAGCCAUGAUGCUCCUGAAAGAGAAACCUCAAAACCUAAAAUGCUUUACUGGGGGGAUGAACGAGUUCACAUGCUUUUGGGAAGAAGAUGAGGAGAGAGCUGGCUCUCUGGAUCAGUAUACCUUCACCUAUGUCUACCGAAACGGAAACAACCAAACGUGCCCACUGACCACCAUGCCUGUAGAAGGUGCGAAACUGCUCUUCAUCUGCCAUCUGAACCGACCUCAGAUGUUUGUGGAGAUGGACAUCAAAGUUCAUCGUGAGGGAAGACUGAUCCACAACCGCAGCCUUUUCAUUGAGCUUGUUUUUCUCCUGGACCCUCCUACUAACGUGACAGUGAGCCACACAGGUCAGCAAGGCCAGCUGAACGUUACGUGGGUGCCACCUCCUCUGAAGUACAGGGACGACAGCAUGAUGUUUGAGGUCAUCUACGCUCCAGCGGAUAGCCACCUGGGGCAGGUAGAAGUGGCACGAGCAAGUUCACUGAUGAUUCUGAGAGAUCUUCAGUACAGCACAAAAUACAAGGUGCAAGUCCGCGUGAAACUGGAUGGGAUCGUCUUCAAUGGCUACUGGAGUGCCUGGAGCGAGCCAGUGUUCAUAGAAACACUACCUGCAGAAAUUGAUCCACUAAUCGUGUCCUUGACUGUCAUCAUCUCAUUUAUUCUCCUCGUCUUGGUUCUUGUAUCCCUUCUGUCUCACUACAGAUUCCUCUUGAAGAAGGUUUGGCCCAUUAUUCCAACUCCUGAUGGCAAGUUCAAAGGCCUUUUUACUGUUUAUGGAGGGGACUUCCAGGAGUGGUUGGGGAACACCAGCGGAGGCUUAUGGCUCACUCCGGCCUUCAUUUACUCAGAAGAAUGCCCGUCUCCCUUGGAAGUGCUCUCUGAACUCAGCAUUUGCCCCUCUCUGCCACCCAAAGCCUCAGAAGUUUCCACCACUACCACGAACAAGGACAAGGACACAAAGACAGGCUUGGGUGAAAGUGAAACGACAUCACAAGAGCACUGGCUGUUGGAUCGUUUAAGAGCUUUCCAGCAGGACCCCCAACCCUGCUCCCAGUCUUCCAUGUUGGAAUCCCAAGACACCUAUGUCACCUUGAGCGGCAAGCGUCAGAGUGAGGACGAUCACGUUGAGGACACUCUUGAGGAAACGCUACCCCUAGAAGUUCUUUUUGCUUCCAGAAAGACAGCGAUGUGCGAGUCUCACUCUGACCUGGGAUCUGUCCAGCAAAGCUCCGGGUCAGGCCAACUUUCAUCCCAGUCCAGCUUUGAAUACACAAACAAUGUCUGGACACCCAGCGCUCCUGGAUACACCUACAUGGCAGUGGCAGAUUCAGGCGUCUCGAUGGAUUACAGCCCCAUGAGCAGAGUGGAUGACAUACCAAAAGGUGUUAUCUACGCCAACGACUACAAAAACGAGAUUCCCGCUCACAGAAGACCUCUGCUGCUGAGGCAGUACCGCAUUCACGAUGACAGAUGAGAGACUGGACAGACUCCACCUGAACUAAAUGUUCAUACACUUCAGGGAGGAGUUUGUGGAUUCUUCCCAAGGUUGUACAGCAAGUUACUGUUAAGGAUUAAUCAAAGAUCUGACUGAAACCAAUGUUUGAGCUACAGAACUCGAGUAUCAGAUCUGGACAGUAAGUGACAUUUUCCCACAAGAACCUGUGAAGCUGGAAUUUACAUCAAAUACUGAAGUAUUAAAGAUUUGCAUAUCAAUUAAUUUGGGUUGUACAGAUUAGAAAAGGAGUUCAAAGACGGACUCUACAAAAACACUUUGAUGUUUGAGCUAAGAGUGCUUUGAAAGUUUAGCUUAGUUGACAAUAUAGCUAUAGCACAUGAUUGUAUCAAAUGAACCAUAGCCAUAGUGGCAAAUGAGCUUUUUGUGUUAAAAAAUCAACAAAGGCGGAAAAUUUAUAAGAAUUUCUUGUGUUUGUUUUGUACUAGCAGACAUUUUACUGCCAUUAUUCCAGCUGCCUUCAUUUUUUACAAACUAAAUUUACUCAUUUGAAUGUGCCAACAAUAAUUAUGUUGUUUUGUUUUGUUAAACUUUACACAAAAACAUCACUAUAAUGAUUCUCCUCCUUUUUUCGGCACAUAGAAACUCAGUCACACUUUCAGAGAUUUCAGCAGUCUCGGUAUCAAAACAAUCAGCUUGUUCGGGAUAUUACUGCUUGUAUUUUUGGUUUCCAUAAACUUAAUAGUUUUUGAAAUAUUGAGCAAAAUAUGAACUACAGGAAAUAAACGAGAAACUCUUCAAAUGUCAACAUUUUAGGUAGAUUAGCAACAAGCUUUGAAACAUAUUCAUGGACUAUGUUUGAAAAUAUUUUAUGGUAAUUUAAAAAAAAAAUGAAUUGAGUUUAGCUAAAAUGUUAGCAA